UCCGGAUUGAAAAAUGGCCAAGGAGAGCUGCUGUGGUGUGAGGGAUGCGGUGGAGCGAGCGCGAGCGGACUCGAGGACGCUUUAGCUGGGAUAUCUCUCUUCCCAAAGAUGCUGCCGUGCAAGAAGAGAAGAGCCAUGGAGCCAGGUCUCUCUUCAGGUGCCCAGUCUGUUCAAGCGGAGACUUCUCCCUCGGCUGGGCUUAACCAGCUCUGCAGCCUGGUGCCACAGGUGGAGGGACGGAACAGCCCCGUCUCUUCGUCUUCCCCUACAUUGCCAACGCCUGCAGGAGACCUGCGAGCCAAUGAGGGCGAACCAGGAAAAGGAGUUGCAAUUCCGUCUAGAGAUGCCACUUGGAAAUGCUGGCAGGCAUUGGCAGAGGCCUCUUUGGGAGGUGGGAAGACCUUGUCGAAGGCAGGGACAGAUCUCUGCCUGCAGCGAGCUGAGGAGUGCCGGGAUGCAAAGUUGUCUCCGUCAACUGAGCUCCUUGCGGAUAAGAUGGAGCAAAAGCUGGACGGUGAAGUUGGCAGCCUUUCUCCAAAGACGGAGGCUGGAUGGGAGGCAGGCGGCGAUGCUCCAGAUGCGAAGGCCCCCAGGGCUACGCCGAGCGCCGAAUCGCUCCAGGAAUGUAAGGAGGAAGCAGAGGAGACGGGGCUUUUCAUCCCGGUGGAAGACCGAGAAGAAGGAGGGAAGCGGAAGAGGAGGAAAGCUACCAAGCGGAAACGGGAAGGGAAAUGCCAGGAGGAGGAGCGGGGGGAAGCAGGCCCCUUGGUUUGUGACCUCAAACUGGACGACACCCUGGACCGGACUUUGGAAGAUGGGGCAAAACAGCACAACCUCACAGCCGUCAACGUGAGGAACAUCCUUCACGAAGUGAUCACGAACGAGCACGUCGUGGCCAUGAUGAAAGCUGCCAUCAGCGAGACGGAAGAUAUCCCCAUGUUUGAGCCAAAAAUGACCCGCUCCAAGCUGAAGGAAGUGGUGGAGAAAGGAGGGGUAAUUCCUACGUGGAAUAUUUCUCCAAUCAAGAAGGCAAAUGAAAUCAAGCCCCCUCAGUUUGUGGACAUUCCCCUUGAGGAAGACGAUUCCUCCGAUGAAGAGUACCAGCCGGAGGAGGAGGAAGAGGAUGAGACGGCAGAGGAGAGUCUGAUGGAGAGUGACGUGGAAAGCACUGCCUCAUCCCCACGGGGAGCCAAGCGAUCUCGGGCAGGACGGUCGCCUGAUACCAUCGAAACUGACGAGGAAGGAGCGACUCCACUGGAGGCAGACAAAGCCUCCCUGCCUCCCCUCCAGCGGCACAUCAGUGCCGAAGUCGUGCCGAUGGGACCCCCGCCGCCCCCCAAACCCAAACAGAGCAAGGACAGCACCUUCAUGGAGAAGCUGCACGCGGUGGACGAGGAACUGGCCUCCAGCCCCGUGUGUAUGGAUUCCUACCAGCCCUUGGAAGACAGCUUGAUCGCUUUACGCACCCGGUCGAAGAGGCCCCUGAAGGACGUGCCCCUGGGCCAAUUGGAGGCUGAGCUCCGGGCCCCGGACAUCACCCCGGAUAUGUAUGACCCCAACACGGCAGAUGACGAAGACUGGAAGAGGUGGCUGGGUGGCCUCAUGCAUGGCGAUGUGGAAAACGAAGAUGAGGCUGAUGACGACGACGAUCCUGAAUACAACUUCCUGGAGGAUCUGGAUGAACCGGAUACGGAGGACUUCAGAAACGACCGUGCUGUGAGGAUCACAAAGAAGGAAGUUAACGAGCUGAUGGAGGAGCUGUUUGAGACGUUCCAGGACGAGAUGGGCUUCUCCAACGUGGAGGAUGAAGGGCCGGAGGACGAGGAUAGCGCCGCCGAGGCCCGGCCGAACUUUAACACUCCACAGGUGCUCAGGUUCGAAGAGCCCCUGGCCAACUUGCUGAACGAGCAGCACCGGACGGUCAAGGAGCAGCUAGAGCAGCUGCGCAUGAAGAAGUCGGCCGCCAAGCUGCCCCUGGAGGCGGAGAGGGCGAAGCUCCGCCCCGAGAAGCCCGUCCAGACCCUGCAGCUCGACGCCGGGCAGAGGAAGAGGCUGCAGCAGCAAAUGCAGCAGCACGUGCAGCUCCUGACACAGGUCCACCUUCUCAGCAGCUCCAACCCCAGCCUGAGUUCGGAGGCCGGCACCACCCGCCUCUUCCUGACCGAGCUGGACACUUUUGCUCAGAGCUCCGUGCUCCUCUGCCAGCCGCUGGGCCACAAAUUCCAGACCGUCUUCCAGCCGUGCAACUUGAAAGAAGCCCUGCAGCUCGUCCAGGACUUCCACUCCCAUGUCAAGAUCGAAUGGAGCCCCCGCAAGGCGGUGAAGAAGAACGUGAGCGACUUUGCUUGCCUGCCGAAGCCAGUCGCGUGGAUCUUGGCCACGAGGAGGGUCUUCAUGUAUCCGGAGUUGCUGCCCACUUGCUCCUUGAAGGCAAAACCGCCCCGGGACAAGAUUUUCUUCACGAAAGGGGAGGACAACUUGCUGGCGCUGGGCCUAAAGCACUUCGAAGGGACGGAGUUCCCGAAACCUCUGAUCAGCAAGUACCUCCUGACGACCAAGACGGCCCAGCAGCUGACGGUGCGGAUAAAGAACCUCAACAUGAACCGGGUCCCUGAUAACAUCCUCAAGUACUAUAAGUCCACGAAGCAGUUGCCGGCCCUGUCCAAGCUCUGUGAGGAGAUCCAGCCCGGCGAUUGGAAACCCCCCGUGGAACAAGAGGAGCAGCGCCUGCCCUUCUGGCUGAAGGCCAGCUUACCGGCCAUCCAAGCAGCGGCGCUGGAGCAAAGUGCCCGAGAGGAGCCCCACCUCCCCAACUCGGACGCUGCGCUCUGCAAGGCGGGAAGAGAGCCGGCGGGCAAGGAGAAGUACCCUCUGCGCAUGCCCGAGGGCUUGCAGUUGAUCCUGAGGCCGCUCAGCAGCCGGUUCUGCUGGAAGGCCCGCAGGCGGCAGCGCCCUUCCGCCGCCAAGCCCCUCCCCGUCCGCGCUGGCCUUUGCCUGCCGCCCGCCGGGCCCCCCCACUUCCUCAAAAUGGCCGCCAAGCCGUCCCAGCCCGAAGCGCCUCCCAGCAAAGUGGCGGGCCGCGUCCCCCGCUUGAUCCAGCCGGCCCUGGCGCUCGUGCAGCCCUUGCCGGGGGUGCAGCACCUCAGCCUCCGGCCGGCGGGGAGAACCAGCGCUGGCUUCGGGCUCUCCGCUCCACCCGCCGGUUCCGGGCCCUGCUUGGCCGCCGCUGUGGCCCCGAACCUGGUCUCCCCCCUGCCCCUGGCCUUUCAGCCCAAGAUGAUUCUCCCGGCCUUGCCCUCCUCGAGGGUCCGGAAGGCCGGUGGCCCCAGGGGGUACCAGAAGAAGAAGGGGGCCCCCCGAGCCGCCCCCUUGCUCAAGGCCGCUCCGCUGCUCCACCCGGCCCCUGUCAUCUUCACCGUCCCGGCCGGCGCUGUGAAGGUGGUGGGCAUUGCCAAUGGCUGCAACGUCCUGCAGCCCCUGGCUGCAGCCCCCGCGGGCCGCGCCCCCCAGCCCAUCCCCAUCACCACCCUGCUGGUCAACCCUGCGCCAUUCCCGUGUCCACUAAGCCAGCCGCUGGGGAAUCCCCCAGCCCCGGCCUUGGUGGUUGCCGCCAAUCCCGCCGCCUCCUCUGCUCCCACCGCCCUCAAAGAGCCAGAGUUAGCGAGCCGACCCGCCGGCGGGCCCGUUGUGAGCGGCGACCUCGCGGCUCCCGUCAAGGCGGAGCCCGAAACGGAGCCGCAGGAGCCGGCCUCGUGUCCGGCCGCCUCCGGCGAGGAAGAGCGUGUCCCGUGGCCCUCUGUUCCUGACUAUGGGGUCCGAGCAGAGGCCCCCAUCCGGGCCUACGUGGAGUCUGCCGGCGAGAGGGCCGCUGAACUGCCGGCCGCAGGCCCCUUCUCUCCCUUGGCGGAGCCGGGAGAGAGGGCAAAGGCCAAAUCGGAAGGGUGUGGCGGUGCCCCUCCGGAAGCGGACCCGGAGGAGCCGUGCUCCGUAGGCAGCCAGGCAAGAGAGGAGCUGGUGCUGGACCUGGGGCAGGAGCUGGACGUGGAGGCUGCCCCCGAAGGGGCACGUGGACAAACGGGAGCGCCGAGCGAGCAGGAGUCCCCCGGGAACGCGGAGAGCGGCCAGGGGGCGCCUGGGCAGGCCCAGCAAGGGGCGGCGGCGGCGGCGGGGGGCGGCAGCAGCUCCAGCACUUCUCCCGAGAACGCCACCCUCAGCUCCGCGGCCGUAGGGCCCGCGACCAAUCCGGAAGAGCCACCCGGCUGUGCGGUGGGGUUGCCGGCUGGCCCAGAGGCAGCGGGUGAGAAAGACGGGCCGGAGGAAGAGGAGGAGGAGGACUUUGACGACGACAUCCAAGACGAGGAAGACGAGGAAAUGUCGUCCGCUUCCGAGGAGUCGGUGCUCUCCGUGCCGGAGCUCCAGGAGACAAUGGAGAAGCUGACGUGGCUCGCGUCCGAGCGGCGCCUGAGCCAGGAAGGGGACUCGGAGGAGGAGAAUUCCCAGGAGGAGAACUCUGAGCCGGAGGAGGAGGAAGAGGAGGAGGAAGAAGGGGAGAACCUGGAAACUCUGCAGAAGGAAGACGAAAUGGCGGACGAGGUAGCCGAGCCCGGAGACGGGCCCGCCUCGUCUCUCGCCUUGACUUGCGCCGCCCCGGAGGUGGAGCCCAGUCGGACCCCGGCAGGGGAGAACCCCAAAGCGCCCGGGAAAAGCCGUGCCUCCCACCGGGCCCGAGCCAAGAGAGGCCGGGCGCGCGCCAGCAAGGACACCUCCAAGCUGCUGCUCCUCUACGCCGAAGACAUCCUGGAGAGGGACCCGUUGCGGGAGCAGAAGGACCUGGCCUUUGCGCAGGCCUACCUGGGCAGGGUGCGCGAGGCCUUGCAGCACACCCCGGGCCGCUACGAGGAGUUCCUGCACAUCAUCUACGAGUUCGAGAGCAACGCCCAGAAGCAGACGGCGGUCGACCUGUACGCCCGGCUGCGUGGCCUGCUGCGGGAGUGGCCCCAGCUCCUCGCGGACUUUGCCGCCUUCCUGUUGCCCGAGCAAGCCCUGGAGUGUGGGCUGUUUGAGGAGCAGCAGGCUUUUGAGAAGAGCCGCAGGUUUCUCCGGCAGCUGGAGAUCUGCUUUGCUGAAAACCCUUCCCACCACCAGAAGAUCAUCAAGGUGUUGCAGAGCUGUGCCGAGUGUGUGCCCCAGGAGGUAAUGGAGCUGAAAACCCAGAUGUGGCAGCUGCUGAAGGGUCACGACCACCUGCAGGACGAGUUCUCCGUCUUCUUCGAUCACUUGCGCCCCUCGGCCAGCCGCUUCGGAGAUUUCGAGGAAAUCAACUGGACCGAGGAGAAAGACUACGAGUUCGACGGCUUUGAAGAAGUGUCGUUGCCGGACGUGGAAGAGGAGGAGGAGCCGCCCAAAAUCCACGCAGCCUCGAAAAAUAAGAGGAGGAAGGAACUGGGGGCCCAGAACGCCGACAAGGAGUCCGAAUGGGCGGAGGCGGCGAAGGAGUGCUGCUGCUCCUGCCACGAGGGGAGCGGCGACCUCCGGAUGAAGCGCAGCAAGCGGAGGAGCUGCGGCCACUGCAGCGGCAGCAAGGCAGGAGACAGCAAGGCCUACAGGAACAAAGACUCCCAGGAGCUCCCGGACAGCCUGGCGCUGCGUGACCAGAGCCCUUGCCCUGAAGGGAAGGAGUCCGUGGAGGAAAGCCCGGAGCUGAGAGAAGACGGGGAGGCUCCCCAGGGCCGGGGGAGAGCAGCAGCCAGAAGAGCAGACCCUGCCGGGGCAGGUUCUCGUGCAGAGGGGAAGCCGCCUUCGGGCAAAGAAGCCCCUGCGGAUGGGGCUGCCCCACCGCCCGGCCGGACUGCCGAGCCCUGCUCUUUGCCGGGGCCUCCCUGCCCGAAGAAGGCUGCUGAGGCUACCAAGCCGCCCCCUGCUAGUACCGCCGCCUCUGCCGCGCUCCAGCCCCACAGGGGCGUCCCGCUCAAGCCGCACCGGCCCAAAAGCAGCUCUUGCCCUGCCGUAGGAGGAGAGAGCGAGGCGGGACUCAGCCGGAGGAGCGGGGAGGCUUCCCCCGGCCCUGACAAAGACAUCCCGGUGCCUGGAGGGACGGCGUGUGGGGCGGCAGGCCCCGGCCCCGGCCCCGCUCCGGCCAAGAGUUGCUCUGUUCCGUCUGACCCCACGGAGAACCCCGUCGCUCCCGCCCAGCCACAUCUUACGGACAAAGAGGCGGGUAGACCCCCUGCCUCUGCGGAUAGAAAACCCAGAGGGCCGGGCGCGCACUCCAGAGAACCGGGUCUGAAGGCGGCGGGGACAAACGGUGGUUCGCAGUUCCCGGCGGAGGCCUCCGGAGCGGGCCGCCUGCAGGCCCUGGCUCUGGAUCCAAAGGCGAAGGCCACCGAGGCAUCGGGUGUGAGCGACGGUUCACCGGAGCCCCCCGUGGCAGGAGGCGGGGAGCGCGCGGCCUCCUUGCGGGGAGAGGAGCUGCAGCAGAGAGCAGGUGAAGCCACUGUGUGCGCCAAGAACAUCAAGGUCAGCUCCACGGGAGAGAAGGUGGUCCUGUGGACCAGGGAGGCCGACCGCGUCAUCCUGACCACCUGCCAGGAGCAAGGAGCCCACGCAGCCACGUUCAGCACCAUCUCACAGCAGCUGCGCAACAAAACAGCGGAGGAGGUCGCCCACCGGUUCAGGGAGCUGAUGGCCUUGUUCCACACAGCCUGCGACGUCAGCUCAGAGGAUGAGGAAGACGGCAUGAGCGCCAGCAACACGGACCAGCUGUCAGAGGAAGAGCAGGAGGAACACGGCUUUUAGGCAGCGCCCGUGGCCUCUGGCAUGGGCAGUGCUUCCUUGAGGAGGAAGCGCUUUGGCAGAGGCCGCGGAAAGGCCCCCGCCCCGCCCCGCCAGCCCGCAUCACGCCGAAGCGGCCUUCAAAGACUUUUCCCGGAAAAGGUGCGUCAGGUCUGCUCUGCCGUGUGUCGGAAGGCUGCGCUCCUCCUUGGAGAACAGCUGGUGUAAAUAUUUUCAUAGUGGGAAACGUGUACAUUCUCUCCUGCGCUGCUCUCUGGGUGAAUAUUUAUUGUGCAGUUGUAUUUUAAGGAAUAAAAACCAAUUCUGUCGUGAAA